AUGGCCCACGAACAAAUCCACAGCGUCGAACCAGAGCAAGAGGCUAUUGACGAUUUCAACGUCCACACGCAGAAGUUUCUCAAACGCACAGUCCACACCAGUCACUGCCGCUCGCGGUACAAGAACAACAAGGUUGACGGGCCCGUCGCCGCCAUGUGUGCCGGAUUACCCAUGCAAUUCAAGGAUAUGAUGAGUGUUCAACGCGCGGUAGAUUUCGAUAUCAAGUAUUGUUCGCCCAACCGUUUUCGAUUCUUUAGAAAUGGAACCAGUGGAAGAGAUGCAAAGGAUAAUGGAUCUGAGCUACUAUCUGAGAAAGGACGGCUGGAACCAGGAGCAGGUAAAAUCCGCAUGACCACGCUCAAAUCUCUCAUAGCGGUUGUACAGCAGGUGGCGCCAAGUCUGACGCCAACGAAGAAUUCGACCUUCCAGUAUUCAGGCCGAAAACAGCGGCCGGCCUGUCUGAACCUCACCGCCAGAUGGCUUACCUUGAAUGAACUCUUCACAAUCGCACGGCUUGAUCUCUCCACCUGGGCUGCAUCCACCUACUUGUAG